UCCCGCAGCAAACUAACAGGUGUCCUCUCCUCUCCAGACCCACCGUCACUUCACCGGGGGGCUUCAGACUCUUUCCCUCUACCGAUCUGAACGCUGCUCUUUACUUUACCUUACAACUUCUAGCUAAACGCUUACACACACACAUCUUAAAAUGAUGCAUUCGGCUCAGAAAGACACCACUUACACAAAGAUCUUUGUGGGAGGUCUUCCUUAUCACACAACGGAUACAAGUCUAAGGAAGUAUUUCGAGGUGUUUGGAGACAUCGAGGAAGCUGUGGUCAUCACCGAUCGACAGACGGGGAAAUCCAGAGGUUAUGGAUUUGUGACCAUGGCAGACCGGACCUCUGCUGACCGAGCCUGCAAGGACCCCAACCCCAUAAUAGAUGGCAGGAAGGCUAAUGUGAACCUGGCCUACCUGGGGGCCAAGCCCAGGGUCAUACAGCCAGGUGAGGGACUGGACCACAGCUUUAUUUCCCAACUUCAAGACGAUCAAGGAUUUGCAUUUGGUAUGCCUCAGAUCCAUCCAGCAUUCAUCCAAAGGCCUUACGGUGUCCCUGCACACUAUGUCUACCCUCAGGCCUUUGUCCAGCCCAGCAUGAUGAUCCCUCAUGUACAAUCUUCUGCUGCUACAGCAACAGCUGCUGCUGCCACUUCCCCAUACCUUGACUAUACUGGAGCAGCGUAUGCCCAGUACUCUGCGGCUGCCACCGCUGCCGCAGCUGCUGCUGCCUAUGAGCAGUAUCCUUACGCUGCCUCACCAGCACCAACAAGCUACAUGACUGCAGCAGGGUACGGAUACGCUGUCCAGCAGCCACUCUCCGCUGCUGCCACCCCGGGAGCUGCCGCCGCUGCUGCCGCCUUCAGCCAGUACCAACCUCAGCAGCUCCAGACAGAUCGCAUGCAGUAAAACCAUGAAAACUACCUUUAAGCAGGAAAGAAGGGGAGGUCAAAUCAUCCCAUGAUGAAGGCACUGUUAUGAUGGUUGUCACACCCAGGUUUUAUCUUGGCAGUCCUUAAACCAAAGAGCCUGAAGAAAUCACCAAAAAUGUGGAGCGAAAGGAAGAUUAACCAUAUUUUUUAUUCAAGUGAGAUCAUAAUUUUGGCACUAUUGAAUAUAAAUAUUUAAUAUUUAUUCAGCAGGAAAGUAUUUAAUGUUAAUUGAAGUAAACUCACUGGACCUCAUGUC